AUGAUUUCAACCACGGAAAACAACCAAAGAAACAACCAAAGACCUCUGGUCAUUGGUGAAACGGGUCCUAAUAUGGAUGGGCCUGAUGAAAACCAGGUCAGUCAUGAAUUUACACCCCGUAAAGACAGAUUUACUCGUAGUCUUAGUGAGGGUCCCCAGGUCCCCAUUCCUAAAGCUAUUCGAAUUCCCGUUCAAGAAGAAACUGGCAACAAUGAUACUCUAGUUCCCGGGUCAAACUAUGUGGUCCGUAGUGUUAGUGAGGGUCCACAGGUUCAAAUUCCUAAAGUUUUUGAUGCUCAUGUCCCCCGAGAUCUUGUUCCUCGAAUUACUGAAAUUAUUGAUCUUUUAGAUAAUGCUCUGGUCCCUGGAGAGGCUGUCCCUGGCGAGACUGUCCCUGGCGAGACUGUCCCUGGCGAGGCAAAUGAACACCAGCCAUAUCGUUUUCAAAGAAGAUCCAAUUCUCGAAGUCGUAGAGAUGCGAUAUUCAGAACGAAAAACAAAGUACCUGAAGACCUACCUGAAAGUGAUAGAAGGCUUCGUAGUAAGCAACCUAUUGAUUAUACAGAAGGCCAAUUACCACCAGGUUUGUCCAGUGAAGAUCUUUAUGAAAGAUACAGUACGCCUCCAGAUAAACGAAGAAGGGUAAACAAUACGAAAUCCAGCCCAAUAAUAAUCGUUUCUUCCAGUGAUAAUGAGCAACAGAUUUAUAAUGAUGGCCAUCAAGACGAGCCUCCUCACGAGUCUGAUGAUAUGACAAUGAUUGGUGGUGCUUCGAGUGAUUCAGUUUUCGAACCAAAUUCAGGUACCCAAAAAACUCAAAGAAAUGGUUCGGAAGCUGAUAUCAACACCAAUCCUUCUACAACCACCUGUCAAGCCCCAGCUCCUGCAACACAAAUGGUUCCGGAAUCAAAUGAAGGUCCAAAUAUUAGUGCCAAUGUUGCUCCCAGAUCAAAUCCUGGUGGCGAACUCCAUGUGGUCUCUCAACCACAUGUUUUCCCCUCUGAUGAAGUAUAUUUCACUGCAAGUGAAAACUUUGCAAUGUCUGAUCCCGCAGCAUUAGGACAUGGUGCAGAUGUAGUCAAUACUGAAACUGCAAACGGAGAAAUUCUGAAUUCUGUUGAGAAUCGCGCAAGAGAUUCAAGUGAGAUAAAGGGUUCGCAAUUUCCAUCAGUGAACAUUCCUCAACCGUUCAACCUUCCUCGGCCCGUGAAUCUUCCUCGAGGUAUCUCUCCUACAGUUUCCUUGGAACAAAGAGAAGCCUUGAAGAGAAGUCUUCUAGCUAUGAAAGAACAGGCUCUAGCUAUGAAAGAACAGGCUCUAGCUAUGAAAGAACAGGCUCUAGCUAUGAAAGAACAGGCUCUAGCUAUGAAAG